GGGACAUUGAAUCCUUGUCCCUUGACGAACUCCUCUUGAAGGCCGUAACUGGCCACACACAUCCCCAUUAAAUUGAACCCGCAUCGAGGCUGAAGAAAUACACGUUGAUAUGCCCCGAACAAUAUUAUCCGAAAAUCCCGUAAAUUUUAGAGUAUCGACGACAAAAUCCCACCUUAGCCUUCUCCAAAUCUAACUUAUUAGUAUGUGCACCACACCACCCAAUUAAUCAUUAAUUAUAGUUUCACCUACCAUAAUGAAAAUCAGCUAAAUGGAGCUUCGUGUUGUUUGGCUGCUGUCCAACGUUGCCAAACCGAUGACCGCUAACUUAAGAAUUCCAGCGCAUUCCUGAUUAAGAAAUACCAAUUUAAAGUCUUACUUACAACUUACAUCAUUAAAAUACUUGACACAACGUGUUUGAUGAUCGGAUAAUCGAUUGAAUUGAUAUUUUCUCCUCCACCGCCAUUGAGUUCCCCAAUUUCGGCACUCUCACAUGGCUUCCGAUGUCGAGCGGUCCUCAGUCUCCUUCGUCAGAAAGAUAUCUUCCGUUGAAAGCGGUGGCGCACAGGAGCCUCUUCUGGAAAAAAGUAGAGACUGUGAGGAGUUUUCGGUGGUUUCUGCUGUUCUUCCGUUUCUAUUCCCUGCUUUUGGAGGCCUUCUGUAUGGUUAUGAUAUUGGAGCUACAUCUUCUGCUACCAUUUCCAUUCAGUCAGCAACAUUAAGUGGAAUUUCGUGGUAUAAUUUGUCUCCAGUGGACGUUGGUCUUAUCACCAGUGGUUCACUGUAUGGUGCAUUGAUAGGCUCCAUUCUGGCAUUUAAUGUUGCUGACUUUCUUGGAAGAAGGAGGGAAUUGAUUUUGUCAUCUGUCAUGUAUCUUGUUGGAGCUCUUGUGACAGCCUUGGCACCUACUUUUGCUGUCUUGGUGAUUGGACGUUUCAUUUAUGGUAUAGGAAUUGGAUUGGCAAUGCACGCGGCUCCAAUGUAUAUUGCUGAAACAGCUCCAAGUCAAAUACGAGGACAGCUUAUUUCCCUGAAAGAGUUUUUCAUAGUUCUUGGGAUGGUGGUUGGAUAUAUAGCCGGUAGCCUUUUGGUGGACACCCCAGCUGGCUGGAGGUACAUGUACGGAAUUAGUUCUCCUCUGGCACUCGUUAUGGGAUUCGGGAUGUGGUGGCUACCGGCAUCACCUAGAUGGAUUCUUCUGAAAGCCAUUCAGGGAAAAGAGGAUGUUCAGGUCUUAAGACAGAAUGCCAUAGAUUGCUUGUGCCGGUUAAGAGGUGAAGCUCUUGCAAGAUCGGCCCCUCGACAGGUGGACGAGAUUUUAGUCGAGCUUUCUCACGUGCGUGAGGAGCAAGUGGCUACGAUAGGAGAGAUUUUCCAGGGUAAGUGCUUGAAAGCACUUACUAUUGGUGGUGGGCUGGUCUUAUUUCAACAGAUAACAGGGCAACCAAGUGUGUUAUACUAUGCUGCCACGAUUCUUCAAAGUGCAGGAUUUUCUGCGGCAAAAGAUGCAACGAAGGUCUCGAUUUUACUUGGUCUACUUAAGCUGGUGAUGACAGGGGUCGCGGUUUUGGUUGUGGAUAGAUUGGGCAGAAGGCCCCUUCUGCUUGGAGGUGUAUCUGGUAUUACAAUAUCUCUAUUCCUUCUGGGGUCAUAUUACAUGUACCUGGAUGAGGUACACGCCGUGGCAGUUGCUGCUUUGCUCGUGUACGUUGGAUGUUACCAGUUAUCGUUUGGUCCCAUUGGUUGGUUGAUGAUUUCGGAGAUCUUCCCUUUGCGUCUAAGAGGACGCGGUCUAAGUAUUGCCGUACUCAUAAAUUUUGGGGCGAAUGCACUUGUCACCUUCGCGUUUUCUCCUCUCAUGGAGCUGCUUGGGGUUGCAAUCCUCUUCUUCAUCUUUGGAGGCAUAGCUAUUUUGUCCCUCAUUUUCAUCUUCUUUAUCAUACCCGAAACCAAGGGACUCACACUCGAGGAAAUUGAGGCUAAACUCCUUUAGCUUCUCUUAUAUUGCUUUUUGUGCAUUAAAUGUUCAUAUUAUCACACCAAACAUACAUAAACUUGUAUCGGCUAUCGGGCAUGGCUGAUGAAACAAUUCUAUGUUCUUUUGAUGUCUAGUCACCGCACAAAGGUCGCGUUUACUUCACUGUAAUUUAUGUUUAUUUACUUCGCCUCGACUCCGUUUCUAGACCAAAGAGGUUUGAUUUCUAUGAUCCUCUGUAAAGUCGCCUUAAUCCGUGAAAUAUAUUAUCCGCCUAAUUCAAUCAUCACAAAAAUCCUCGUUUAUCCUUCGG